GGAGAGGAACUUCCUGACGCGUCAAAAAAAAAAAAAAAAAAAGUCCCCUGGCUUAGCGUAUAAAGCCGUGGCCAGGAGGCAGUGGCAAGCAGAACAGCACUGACAGGACAACCGCAAGCACAGUACUGACACAGCUUCUGGUCUACAAGCGUCGACAGCUUUUUAUUUACUCCGAGAAAAAAGAAAAAGAAAAACAGAAAAGAAAAGAUGGAAUCCGAGAUGACAUGCAACAUGAGCGACAUGUGGAGCCCCCAGAUGCCCAAAGGACUGGACUUGGAGAUUUCCCAUCAUCCACUGAAGAUGAAGCAUGUAGUGAACCUCAUCAUCGCCAUGGAGAGGCUGCAGGCCAUGGCGUCGGAGUCCGUGGUCGGCACCGACUUCAGAGACGAGAACCUGCUCAACAUCAUGCUGGAGAGCAUCGUGGAAGAGAAAAUUGUCUUCGAGAGAGAAGCACCAGCUCCAGCUCUUUUCAGCAAGACCGGUGAGCAACAGUGCACCAUGACCGACAGCCAGAAGAGGAGCUUGGUGCAGAACAGCAUGGAGCUGCACGCGGUGACGCUGCAGGGAGGGAGUGACAACCGCAAAGUUCAACUGAACAUGUCGACGUACGUGCACCCUGCACCCAGCGCUGACGCCAGGCCCGUGGCCCUGGGCAUCAAGGACACGGCUCUGUACCUGUCCUGCCACAUGGACGACGAGAGGCCCACGCUUCACCUGGAGGAGGUGACGAACAAAGACAGCCUGUCGAAGAUCAGCUCGGAAAGCGAGAUGCUGCGCUUCCUCUUCUACAAGCGGGACACCGGGGUGAACAUCAGCACCCUCAUGUCCGCCCGCUUCCCCGACUGGUACAUCAGCACGGCGCAGCAGGACAACAAGCCCGUGGAAAUGUGCCAGGAGACGGCCCCGCGCUACCGCAGCUUCAACAUCCAGCGCCAGAGCUAGGAAGCCAUGAGGGCUUAGACACAGGGCACAAUCUACUGCACUUCAUCUAUUUAUAGUCCGCAAAAGAAAAAAAAAAUGAAAGAAGAAAAGCAGCAUCUGCUACAAAGUCUCCGGGCAGUUUUACAGAGAAUGAUUUUACUGUAUGUACCAAGUACACAAAGUGAAAUACUUUAUGUAUUGACUUAGUCAAGUGUCACCAGCAUCUUUGCGGUGAUCAUCCUGCGCGUUUACUGUGCUAAAUAACACAGCAUAAUGUAAAUGCUUUUAAGUAUUGCUUUGUAUUUAUUUAAAUAUUUAUGCUUAAUUUUGAUAUUAAUAUUUAUUUGAAAAUCCACUUACUAACAAGUGUUUGAACAAUGUGCACUGAUUUUGAAAUAAAACUCGUUAACUAAA